GAAGUGAAGUGACGAGAGAGAAAUUGAAAUUGCCGAAACAGAGGCACAGGGAGGGUUACUGCAGCGGGGGCUUGAAGCUUGGAGGAAGCAAAUCGAGUUUGAAAACGGUUCCUUGAGAAUUAUAGUAUAAGGUGCGUUUUUAGUCCUUUUCCUUGUUGAGUUUGGAAGAAAAAUACCACCCUAGAAGGACUCAACUUUCAAACCCCCUCCCCUAACCCCAGAGAUCCCCCCCCAAAAACACAAAAAGACCCUCCCUUUGACACCGACGUCGCCGGGCCAUCUUCCGUACCGCGAGCACUGGUUCUCCUUAAUUGGGGCUCAAGAUAAUGGGAGGGCUUAAGAUAAUGGAGUAGGAAAGAUGGAUUCAUGUGUCAACUACAAGUAGCUUAGUUAUGGCAAGCUCAGAACCUGUGAAUGUAGAGAGGGAUCCAAUUCAAGUUAAUGGUACUCCCAGGAAACCACGGAUUCUUCUUGCUGCAAGUGGAAGUGUGGCAGCCAUAAAGUUUUCAAAUCUCUGCCAUUGUUUUUCAGAAUGGGCUGAAGUAAAAGCUGUUGCCACUCAAGCAUCUUUACAUUUCAUAGAUAGGGUGUCACUACCCAAGGAUGUAGUUCUUUAUACUGAUGAGGAUGAAUGGUCAAGUUGGAAGAAAAUUGGUGAUAGCGUGCUUCACAUUGAGCUGCGUCGAUGGGCUGAUAUUAUGGUCAUUGCUCCAUUGUCAGCCAACACACUCGGCAAGAUCGCUGGGGGAUUGUGUGACAAUCUAUUGACAUGCAUUGUGCGGGCAUGGGAUUACAGCAAGCCAUUCUUUGUCGCACCUUCCAUGAACACGUUGAUGUGGAACAAUCCUUUUACAGAGCGACAUCUCAUGUCAAUUGACGAGCUUGGGAUUUCUCUCAUCCCACCUGUCACAAAGAGGCUGGCUUGUGGGGACUAUGGCAAUGGUGCGAUGGCAGAACCAUCCCUUAUCUACUCAACAGUAAGGCUUUUCUUAGAGUCAAGGGCUCAACAAGGUGGCAGUAACAUUCAGUAACUAGAGUAGUAAAGCUGGCAUUUGCUCAUCUUUAAAUGCAGAAGAAAAGCUGUCUUUUUUUAGGGGCAAUAUAAGAAGUUGGCUUACUUGCAUGACAUGCGGGUUGGUUGUAGUCUUUUUAGCUUGUAAUGCUUGUUCUGUUUAGUGUUUAUCUGACAUAUCAAAUCUAUGUCUAGAAAAUGCUUCUAGGAUAUGAUUUGAGUUGGAUGUUGUCAUGCUGAUUAUUGCUUUCUGUACAAGUGGAUGGUCGGGAUUAAGGUGUGUAUCUUUCUAGUGGGGAAGCUGACUUUGUUGCCAUGUGUGUUGAAUGCCAACAGUGCUCAAGCUUCGUAUAGAGCCUUAGAUGGGCUUCGGAGUAGGAAUCUGUUUAUGGAGUCUGUAUAACUAACUAUAAAUACUGAUUCAGUCCUGAAUAAAAUCAUUGAGAAACAUUUUCAAAGUA